UCUUAACUGCCUGUUUGUUUCUGUUCAUCUGUUUGUGUGGCAGAACACCCACAUUGUCUGAAAGUGUGGAGGAGGAUAAACCCCAACUGGAGGAUGCCAGCACACGGCCACACUCUCCUCUCACCCAGGCCCACAUCUCAGCUGAUGAGAGCGAAGGAGAGGGGAAUGAUGACCCCGCAGUCUGGCACUCAACUCCAUGGCAUCCCAAACCAGCCGCGCUUUGUUUAUUUGGGAGUCAUUCUCUGGGUCACGGUGUCUUCACUUUCGAUCGACGGUUGCACCAUCUGCGGUGUGCCAUGAGUGCCAUGAUGGAGAAUCACCUCAGCGCCCAUCUGUGGAAAAAAUACCUCAGAAUCUACUGAAUAAUGCUGCUACGUAAAUGUUGUUUAUAAAAUGGAUUAAAAUAUUCUUUAUACUCA